GGCACGAUCCCCUACCACGGCCUGCGACCCUGUGGCUCCUCCAACAAAUCCCCCCGCCAGUCUCAGACUUGAUCCCUUCAAAACGACGCUUGACCGUACCCGUACCGCUUUGCACUGCACUGCACCAUAUCGACAAAAGAGAGCAGGACUGCAAUUCCUUGUCCUUCAACUACAACGCCAGCGUUCCAGCACAAAUCACCUUCGCCAUGAACCCUCACCAGAAGAACAAGGUCGACGUCAAGUCACUCACUCCCGAGGAACAGCGUCUCUUCCGUCUCUACGGCAAGCUGCCCUCUCGAUCCGACCACUUCGCAAAGCAUCUCAAGGACCGCAAGUAUUUCGACUCGGGUGACUAUGCCAUGUCCAAGGCCGGCAAGGGUGAUGGUGUUGACGCUGGUGCCGUCGGCUCUCAGCAUCCUCUCCCCGAGAACAUUCCCCACCUGUCAUCCCCGGUGAACGGCUCCGGAACCAACGUCCCCAAGCACCACGGCUCCGUCCCCGGCAUCCAGGCCGGUAGCCCUAUCAAGGAGAGCAGCUUCCUCAAGAGCGAGACCAGCGUCGACGAGACUCAGGGAGACAAUGUUGACAAGCCCCAGGGUGCAGACGCAGCUGCUGCACCUGAGCCUGUUGCCGCCGGCGGCGAGGGCAUCCCCAUCCGAAGAUAGAGAACAUUCGUAAUAACAAGCGAAGAAAUACGCGGCUUCAAUAGGAACAACGGAAUAGUCUUUUUUUCAUCAUUGUUUUUUUUUAUCAUGCACAACACGAAAUGGUGGUUUGUACGAAGUCUCGUGCGUGGGCUUAUAGUGGAUUGCGAUAUCAGUUUUGACGACUUACGAGUAUCGCACAGUUGGCGUUUGGGAAUUGGCAGACAAUCUGGUUCGCACGCACAAAGGGAACAUAUCUCAGUCUGAAAUCAUCAGCUAGGCUAGGUUGUUUGAUAGCGGGAAGAUGGGAGAAACAUCGCCCUCUCCGCGCAGAGUCAUCAUGUUCAUUUGGUAUUUUAGUUACCUGCUUUAUUUUCCGAAACAGCCUCUCUAUUUCCUUUUUUUUCUUCAUGUUCACAUGUAGUAUUCCUCAGACCCAUCAUCCGUUUAUGGCCUUGUAGGGGUGACCAAAUGUCCAGAUACCAUUUGGACUGUGUAGCUUGUAAUUUAACCCUCAAGGGCCUUGGUCGCCAUCUCCUUGGCACCCUCAAAGGUCUUGUUUCCACCGAUGAAGCCAGCCGCGUGGACAAACACGCAGCCAGGAAUGCCGCUGAUGCCAUCAAGCUCAGCAUCCCUGAAGCCUCUCCAAGCCUCAGGGAGCGGCUUUCGGCUCGUAAAGGAGUCCUUGCUCUCGGGCACGCACUGGAUGCGCCACUUGGCACCAGGCUCAGGCUUCUCGGCGUACAGAACGUAGAUGACGGAGGGGGUACCAUCCUCGAGAGUGUACAGGUGGUCCUUCCAGGGGACAGACUGGCCUUCGAGAAUUAGGAUGCGGCCCUGCUCAUCGUAUUGUUUGCGCUUGUUGAAUGCCUCCUGGACAAUGGUGCGGGCAGGUAGCCACGAAGCGGCAUAGUUGUCGAGAUCGCGGUCGAACUCCUGACCAAUGCGGCUGCUGGCCUCGUUGAACUUGGCAUCCUCAGCAGCCUGAGCCUCAGCAGGGUCGGAGGGAGUUGGGUCGUUCCACUUGGGGUUCAGACGUCCGACAACGGCACCGAGACCGAAGGCACCCUCGCUGAAACGCUUCUCAAUGCCAGCAGCGGCAAUGGCAGCGGGGUCGUAGACAGAGAUACCGUUGUCGUGGGCAUCAAGGGCCUCAACAAAGUUCUCGUACAGCUUCUUGUAGAUCAAAUCGACAUCGGGGGAAUCCUCAGACAGUCCGAGGCGCUCAGCAACGAUGGCACGGCCAAAGUGCAGGAAGACCAGACCUGCACUAGAAAGCUUUGUUGGGCGGCCAGGGAAGGUGGUGUUGAAGCCUCGCUGGUGGUGGUCGAAGCGGCGCUUCUCAGCAUCAUACUCUCCACCGACAUCGACGACGGUGUGGCAGGUAGCUAGGACAGCAGGGUCGCGGGUACGGACGAGGUCGGCGUCGCGGUAUGUAGGAAGCCGACGGAGCAUGUGGACGGCGAGGGCCUCAUCAGCGUGGAAGUGGCCGCUGUGAGUACCAAUGAGGGGGCCGUUGCCCGAGGUCUUGACGCGCUUAGCUGCUGAUUCGGCCAUUGUAGCAAAGAGACGACGGUACAUAUACUCUGC